AGAAAGUGGGCAGUCCUAAAGAGAACAAAAGUAACAAUUCCUCCACCCCCCAAAAAAGAACCAUAUAAAGGACUGUAAGGUGUUUCUGCGCCAUACCUACAUGACCAAAGGACUGUUACAAUCCCUCUUCCACACUAUCUCAUUCUUUUAAUUUCUCUAAUGGAGCUGCAUCCUGACCUAAUUUCAAAGUCCUUUUUUUGCACAGAUUAACAUCAUCUUGACUGAACUUUAAAUGCCUAUCUGUUUUUUGACCCUGUAAAAGAAAAGUGCACAUUCUGAAAACUGGUCUAACUAUACUUUCCAGAUUCAAGUAUCAUCCUUUUCAGUGCAACAGUGGAGAUAAAAUAGAAGUAAGACAGAAAAAUUUCCUCUCUGCAAAGGAAGGCGCCUGCAGCUUGUGUAGCUCUGAUCAUCCAUUCAAGAAAAAACAGCAUAAAUGAGAAAUUCAACAUGUCUUCUUCAGCCAUCACUAGCUACUACUGUAGCUCUACCAGUCAUCUACUCUUGCCUAUUUCCUGCUGGAAGUUUUGGAAAUAUUCUUGCUGCUUGGAUAUUUUCAAGGCAAGCACACACAAAAAGAACACAAUACAUUUACCUGGCAAACCUCAUCACUGCAAAUUUACUUAUAUGUAGCACAAUGCCAUUUCUGGCUGCCUAUUUUGCAAGAGGAUACCAAUGGACUUAUGACUGUGUAGCAUGCAGAAUAGCAAAUCACCUUGGGACUCUUAUUAUGCACGUCAGUAUGUAUGUUACGAUUAUAAUUUUAUGUUCAAUUGCUCUAAGUCAGUAUGCAACACUGAAGAAAAACAGUGACGUACAAUACUCUCAAGCAGUUAAUGAAAACUUCUACAGAUGUGUACUCGCAAAGUUUCGUCAGCCCAAAUUUGCUAAAUAUUUGUGCAUCAUUAUAUGGCUUAUUGUGCUCUGCAUAACAGUAAUAGCUAUAAUACAUAAUGUCCAGGCAAGGACUAAGGAAGAAUUUCACAGAUGCUACAACAUCAGGGUAGAAGCUGGUGAAUUCGCUGCAAUGAUUGCAGCUUUUCUUGCCACAUCAUGGUUUUUUGUAUCUUUUAUGACAGUGGUGUUGUCAUACUAUUCUCUUACCAGACAUCUGAAUAAAAUACAGAAAAAUACAUGUAUUGGAGAAAAACAUCUAAUUUACAGUACAGUGAAAAGAAACAUUUUUGUCAUCCAGAUGAUACUAACUGUCUGCUUUCUUCCGUAUCACAUUUUUAGGCCAAUUUUUUAUGUACUGCUUACAAAUAAUGACUGCCCAAGGUUAAACUAUUUAGUGGAAAUUAAGAAUUUCCUUACUUGUCUUGCUGCUGCUAAGAGUAGUUUAGAUCCAGUUAUAACCCUUCUGUUAGAUAAAACGUUUAAGAAAAGUCUCUAUGGCCUGUUUACAAAAGCCACACCACAAAUGUAA